GUCAUAAUUAUUUUGCCAGUUCGUCGUUCACCACGAUGAAGCAAACAAUCCACUACCUUGCCUUCUACGGUAUCGGUGUGUUAUGCAUCUUGUCAUCUUCGUUCAUAUUCUUUACUGAGAGCGAGGAUCAAGUCCACUUCGAUGGAGUUGGUUUAUUCACGUUCUCCGGUUGCUUACCGAUAAGUUACCGUUUGACUUAUCGCGGUUACCAGGAGACACCGAUCUACAUGAUGAUCCAGUUUCUUGCAAUUACUCUUAUGGGGAUAAUCAUCUUCGUCAUUCAGGGAAUCUUCAGAAACUCUAUCACUAUGCAGGCACUUUUAUUUUCUGUCAUGCUAGUUUCCCUUCUGACUGUUCUUCUUUACUUGAAUGCUAGAAUGGAGGCAGAAUUUGCUGAGACCAUAUCUGCUUGGACUAAACUCCCCAUUGCUGCUGAACCAAGAAUCUUCAAUUGUCGCAACCGCAAAGUCUUCAAAUUGCUGAAAUUGCCGUGAAUUCGCACAGGAUCUUCAACUAUAAUUUACGCAAGAGCAUAAAAUCGUAGAUUUAGUCAAUGUAAGAGAAAAUAUAUGUAUC